GAAGAACUCCCCGGAACCAUGUCGUUUGACGGGUGAUUCGAGUCGGGACGUAAACAGUGAGGCACACUAUCAAAAUGUCCUGCACGAUACACUGUCGCUAGUCGGUCAAAUUAUUUCUACAUCCAGAGAAACAAAGUCCAGUCGAACAGCAGACAUGAAGCUGUACCGCGCGCUCCGUAAUGUCGGCUCGUUCAGGAACGUUUUCGACUUCGGUGGACGGGACGUGGCUCAUUGGUUCCCAGGACACAUGGCUAAAGGGCUCAAGCAGAUGAGAGCCAACCUCAAGAGUGUCGACUGCAUCGUAGAAAUUCAUGACGCCAGAAUCCCCUUCUCUGGAAGAAACCCUGUGUUUCAGGAGUCUCUGGAUGUCAGACCUCACCUUUUAAUUCUAAAUAAGAUGGACCUUGCAGAUCUAUCCAGCAAGCAGAGAAUCCUGAAGAAGCUGGAAAAAAGUGGAGUGAAGAAUGUUCUCUUCACUGACUGCUUAAAACAAAGAGAUGACAACGUAAAGAAGUUGGUGCCACUGGUGGUGGACAUUAUUGACAGCAAACCACGCUUUAACAGAGAUGAGAACACAAAUUAUUGCCUGAUGGUGAUCGGAGUGCCCAACGUGGGAAAGUCUUCUCUUAUUAACUCCCUGAGAAGAACAAACCUGAAAAAAGGCCGUGCAUCUCGAGUAGGGGGGGAGCCAGGUAUAACCAAAGCGGUACUGACAAAGAUUCAGGUGUGUCAACGACCCAUAAUCCACCUGUUGGACACACCGGGAGUUUUGCCUCCUAAGAUUGAGAGUGUUGAGACGGGCAUGAAGCUGGCUUUGUGUGGAACUAUUCUGGAUCAUUUAGUGGGUGAAGACAUUAUUGCUGACUACUUACUCUAUUCUUUGAACAGACUUGGGAAGUUCAGUUAUGUAGAAAAAUAUGAGCUUCAAGAGCCAAGCGAUGACAUCCAGCAUGUCCUCAAACGCAUUGCUGUACGACUUGGAAAGACCCAACGGGUCAAAGCCAUUACUGGAGUGGGAAAUAUCACCAUCACUGUCCCAAACUACUCAGCAGCAGCUUACGAUUUUAUAAGAACCUUCCGGAAAGGAGAGCUGGGACAAGUAAUGCUGGACUGACCCCAGGCAUUUAAAUGAAGACUGUUUUGGGGUUUUACCUGUUCUCUGUACUUGGAAGAAUUCAUAUUUAACUACGUCCAUACAAGACCUUACGUUUUUGAUAUAUCGGAGACGGGAUGCAGUCAGUUUCUGGGUGAUGUAAAAAACACUGUAUCCUUUGCAAAUAAAAUGACUCCACUCUA